UUCAGCUCCUCACUCGGGCGGGAGCCCGAGCCUCAGUGGGGUGAGGGGAGAGCUGGGAGCGAGAAGGGGCGGAGCGGAUGGUGGGCGCGGCAGCUGUGGGAUGCUAACGCGACCAGACACCCAUCCUCUCCGCUCUCCCUCUCUGGAGAGGACGAUUUGGUAGAGAGACCAGAAAUGAGUGGAAUGCUAUCUUAAACAAGCCAAAAAUCUGUUAUAACCUUUAUUAAAUACUACUUCAAUGAAGAAAGAUUAAAAAACCCUACAAAAUUCCAACUGAUAAUUACCCCAUUCAGACGUUGGUGAAUAUGUCCCUCAGUCCAAGUCGACCUUCCUCAUCAGAGGUGAAGGCAAAGCAAGAAUCAGAACUGAAACUCAAAUCAUUUGCUCCUCCAUAUGCUCUUCAGUCAGAGUUAUAUUUGCUUCCUAUAAUGGAUCAUUUAGGAAAUAUUUAUUCAGCAUCAUCAGCAGUUUCUUUAGAUGUGCACCAGACUAAUAAUGGUGUUGCUGAGGCUGACGGAAUAAUACACAGACCACUUAGUGUAACUUUGUCAAAGGAAGAACCUGGAACAGAUCCCAGUUGUUUAGAAAACACUUUGAAAAAGCUUCUUAACAAGAAUCAGGAAGAAGCUGGGGGAAAAGCCACUCCAAAUGAAAAUCAGACUGGAAAUAAUCAAAUUGGAAAUUCUGAAUUGCCAGGAUCACAGGAAGAUUCCGAUAAUGAUUAUUUUAGCGGCAAAAAAAGUCAGUUUCUUUGGAAAAAUGAAGAUGAUAGAACUAAUAUCAUUAGAAGAGAGGACAAUCAGACAAGUAAAAAAGAGUGCAUCAGCUUACCAGACCUUAUUGAUUUUCCUUCAGUUCCUUGUCAACCUGCUCUUUCUCCAGGAAUAACUGAUAUAUCAUAUAUAUAUACUGAUAUAUUACAGAUUGAGAGUAAAAUAUUAUCGAAAAAAAUGAAACAAGUAAAGGAAGAAAGAAGAUAUCUGGAAAUAAUUAAAGAAGAACUAAUAAAAAAAGUUGAAAGGCUAUUGGAACAAGGCAAAUUAAAGCGAUAUCAUGCCUAUGAUGUUUGGAAGAAAAAGUACUUUGAAACAAAGAAAGUUACAGCAUCAUUGGAGGAGAUUUUAACAAAACUUCGAGAAGAUUUGCCUUACUAUAAAAAAUUGCUCAUUCAGCUUGAAGCCAGGGUGAUCAAGAUGAGACCAAAGAAUCUGGCAACCAUCACAGACUCUAAGAAUUACUUUAUCAUUCAGAUCACUGAAGUACAGCAUGCUAUUGACCAACUUAGAAAAUUGGAUACUGACAAAAUGAAACGAAUAACAGAAAUUAAGAUGAGAAAACAAGCAGUUUCAGAUUUACGCACAUUGAAAGCUGAACUGGCACAGAAGAAUUUAUUACAUCUUUUCAGUCUCAAUAAGUAUAGGGAGAAUUGGCUCCUGCAAUACAUUGUGACCAGACCAGACUUCGUUCACCAUAAGACAUCACAAAGAGAAAGUCACAAGCAUCUGCAAUUCCAGUAUAAUUAUAGCACCUCCUACCUAAGCAGUUUGGAGACCAAGAUACAUCAAAGGUUACCUGUGGGAAAACCAUUUUAUGUAACAUGAUCAAAUAUGCAUAUUAUGGCAGAUGUUUUGUUGAUUAUAUAUUCUCUUGCCUCAUAUUACUCCCCCCCUCAAAAAGAACCACUUAUGUGUCUGACUUAAGGUUUGACAUGUAUGGAACUAGAACAAUUCUAAGAAAUAUAUUUUUUGCCUACAUGGACUGACCCAGACAUAUAUUUUGGACAAUGUUUUGGACAUAUAUUUAGAUAAUGGACAUAUAUUUGGACACAGGCAUAUUUGGACAUAUACAAUGACCAGGAGCAGGCACUGUGUAGAAGAGGAGUUUAAAGUCACAUGCCUCCAGAGGACAGACUAGCAACUCGACUGACUGAAGGAAACUGUUGUAAUCACAGUAGGGUGUGGUAGGGCCCAUAAGCAACUAGAGAGUAAAAGCACACUAAAAGAAUUCGAAUACGAAAGUUCUUAAAAAUAUCAUGCAAACUAAAUUGGUCAUCUCUUGGCACAAGCUUACUGGACUGUGCUGGCAGCUUGAGCCCUUGAUUUACAAUUACUUUACAUGGUAAGUUUAGUCCAACAUUAUAGUUAAAGAGUAGUGGUGUUUUAUGGCUACAAGUAUAAAUUAAUCAACUCAAAAUGUUGAACAAAUCACUUAAAUGGUCUUAUUUUAUGGAAAUAUUCAAAUAAAACUUGAGUGUUAAAUUAUCUUUCAUUUUUGAAUAGUGAGCCAGUCCUCAAUAAGAUUGAAUCUCUUUAAAAGAUUUAUUGCCGGGAUUCCCUGGUGGCGCAGUGGUUAAAAGUCCGUCUGCCGAUGCAGGGGACAUGGGUUCG